UAACACACCACGUCAUGUACAGAGGAAGUAGAAGAGAAGCUCAUGCCCUCCCACAGCCUGUAUCACAGUCAGAAGGGCUAGUUUGACUGUCGUAAUUCAGUAUAAUUCUUUGAAGUAUCUUUAAAGAAUACAUUUCUUAACAAGAAUUGAACUACGCUGUGAAAGAUGUCUUGCCUCAAGUGCCUGAAGUAUACCAUGUGUGUGGUGAAUCUCAUUUUUUUUAUCUGUGGUGCUGCCAUUUUUGGAUUGGGCAUAUAUUUGAUGACGACCUCCAAAUUUGCUGCACUCCUUCCCAGCCUUCAAGCUAUGAGCAUAGCAAACACUCUCUUCAUCACAGGAAUCAUUAUCACCUGUGUGUCCUUCUUGGGCUUCCUUGGGGCCCUAAAGGAAAACCGUUGCCUGCUCAUAUCUUUCUUCACCUUGCUGUUCAUUCUGAUGUUGGUGGAGUUGGCUGUUGCAUGCGCUCUCCUCAUAUUUGAGAAACAGAUUGACAAAUACAUUACUACAGACCUUAAGGACAGUUUAGAGGAUUCCGUAAGGAAUAGAAACAAAAAUAACAACACUAAAGAUGACUGGGACUUUGUGCAUGUUGCAUUUGAUUGCUGUGGGAUAAACAAUUCUUCAGAUUGGAUUUCAGGAAUACCAGAGUCUUGCUGCAUGUCAAAACAAUGCAGACAAAAUGAUACCAAACAGUACUGGCCCAUGGGCUGCUACACAAAGCUAAAGGACACAUUUGAAAAUAACCUAUUGAACGCAGGAAUCGGUGUCAUUGUUGUCUGCGUUAUUGAGGUCUUGGGUAUGUGUUUCUCCAUGACCCUGUUCUGCCACAUAAGUCGCUCCGGAUUACAAUACAAGUGAUAACAUAUAUUUCCUUUAACAGUUACUUCUAGCCCUUCUAGCCCACUAUCAGUAAGACUGCCAGUAAAAGAUGGCAUGCAAUGUAUUUUGUCACAUAUAACAUUUGGUUAAAGCUCAACCUAAGCAAAACAUAGAUGCCGAUAUAUAUACUAUGCACAGUGCUCCACGUGACCUUGAAGAAUCUAGUGAUGCAAACCAUAUCUAUAACAUGGCCAGACUGACUUACCAAAAACAUUUUUGUUCACUUCUGUUGGUGAUUGCAGAUAUCAUGUAAUGUCUUGACAUUUCUUCUUAUUUAAACACUUAAUAGUUUGGUUCAACCAGAAUUAACAAUAUGGAGAUUAAAAUGGAGUCUUACUGUUUUAUACAAAUGAUUAAACUGAAAACUUCCAAGGGAAUUUCAGGCUUUGAACUUACCCUGCAGGCAUAGACAUCUGAAUAUCAAGUCUAGAAUAUAGUUUUUUCAAUCAUAAAUCAUCUUCACAUGCACAUCUAACUGCAUAUUACACUGUAUAUAACUUCAUGUAUAGUGUUAAGUUUAAGUUGACCUAGUAUGUUCUGUUAACAGACUACACUGUAUUAUAUAUUUUUGUAUUCUGAACAAUGUAACAUUUAUCUCUAAUAACUUCCUUUUCUUACUGAAGCGAAAUCGUUCGAUUUCCCAGAAUGUGCAGAAGUUUAAAACCACACAUGCUAUCUCUUCCUUUUUUGACAAUUACACCAGAAGUGACCCUUUGUAUACAUGUGCAAUGUAUUGUUGUAGUUCAUUCUCUUUAAAAUGUAAAUUAAACAAAUUAAAUAUA